CGGCGGCGCAUUCUGAGAUACAACUGUCAACACACAUUUUAUCAACGAUUUUUCCUCCGCAAAAAUAUUUUCUCCGGUACUUUUAUUGUAUGUAGAACUUAUCGAAGAGAUUUGAAACAAGUUAACUGUGAAGUAGAUACGGCAAAGAAGUGAUUCUAUCUGAAAACAAUGACGGAGACAGAGUUCGACUGGGACAACAUUAGCAUUGGCGAGCCGGGUUUGAAUACCUCGGGAAGUUAUUUCUUCAGACAUGUUGAUGAGAUGGAGGGUGAGCAGCCAGAGCUUGAUUGUGGUGCCUCCGGCAGUAGUUCCUUGGAGCAGAGCUCCGAGAACGACAACGAAAGUGGGAACAGUGGUCAAAUCACUCAGAGGAAUCGCCAACAACGGCAGCAGACAAAAGCCCGACAGGAGGAGACCUGUGAUCGGGCCUAUCGUUACGCUAAGGUGUACGAGGAAAAGCGUAGGAUUCUUCGUGAGAAAGAACAGAAGCAGCUCGAGGAAGGGAUGAAGUUCCAUGCCAGGCCGGCACCCAACUUCAAGCAGACCGGUGAACAUCGCAAAAAAGAGAACGCCGAGCCGAAGUUCACAGUUCCGUUAACGCCGAAGCAGAUGAAACCUGAACGGUUGAAAAAGUCUGCCGAUUUGGCGCAGAAGAUGCAAAGUCGCACCAAGGAUCCGGAGCCGGAGAAAUUUAAAGCGCACGAUGCAAAGGUCCUAAAGGAGAAACCCUUCAAACCGGCACUGACGAAGGCGGUGAUAAAGCCGGAACCGUUUAAUUUGCGAAUGUCGGAACGAAUCCGGGAGCGGAAGCUGUUCGACGAACAGCUCCAGAAGGCCAAAGAGGAGAAGGCUCGUCGCGAGGCGGAGGAACGACGGGCAGCCGAAGAGCGCGACCUGAAGUUGAUACGGAAGCAGAAGGAGUUCAAGGCGAAUCCGAAUCCGUUCAAAUGAUAUGGAUGGGCGAGGAUUCGAUAUACGCGGUCAUAUUGUUAUUGGUUCUGUCACGACAUUACUCGUCUAUUAUGUAGCUAUAAUAUCUUAGCAUGUAGGAAGCGAUUUUAUUUAAUGAAUAAAACAAUUUGAUGGAUAA